AUGCCAAGCGAUAUCCAGCAACAGCUCGACCACACCGUGCCAUAUGUCAACUGGACAUCGAUUAAGGGCGUUCAAUCUCCCUUGACCCUCAACAAUCUCGACACAUUGAACAAUCUAGGCAAUACCAGUGUUUAUCUCACUUCUCCGAACGGUAUCGAUGCCAAGCCGCAACCAACCUGGCUCCGAGGAAUAAUUCCAGACAAAGAUGGGCGGAUAGGAAACGGCAGAGGAUGUGCGAUUAUUGUCGCAGAUCGUGGAAACGGGACGGUCGAUGCCUUUUACUUUUAUUUCUAUGCAUACAAUAAGGGCGAUAAGGUAUUCGGAAUGGAGUUUGGCGAUCACAUUGGCGACUGGGAACACAACAUGAUUCGCUUCACAAAGGGCCAACCGACAGCCGUCUGGUACAGCCAACACGCCAGUGGCCAGGCAUUCACAUAUCACGCCCUCGAAAAGAAAGGCAAGCGGCCAUACUCUUUCUCCGGGAAUGGCACUCACGCCAACUAUGCAACAUCAGGCCAACACGACCACACAAUCCCGGGUGUGAACCUUCCCGCAGGAUUCUUGAUGGACUACACAGAUCGUGGUGUUCUAUGGGACCCCACUCUCAACGCUUACUUCUACACGUACGACUCCCAAACAGCAGGGUUUGAAGCUGUUGAUCCCGGAGACCCAGUGGCAUGGUUGAAUUUCAAUGGGAAAUGGGGAGACGACCAGCCGCCUGGUGAGCCGGAGAUCUUCGGUGAGGCGAAGUAUGUUGGCGGUCCUAAUGGUCCGAAGUUCAAAGGCUUGGAACGAAAGUUGGUGUGUCCGUCUAAGCCGUGCAUUGUGCUUCCGUUUAGGAUUUGGUCUGGGAAUUCGACUGCGUAA